UCUGGUGCGCCCAACCUCUCCUCCCGCCUCCCACCUCUCUUUCUCCAGGCACCUCACCCAUAAAUCACGGGUGGAAGGCAGGCUUGGUUCCCCCGAGCCAGCCGGGAAGCUGCUGCCCCCUCCCUUGCUCAACACAGGGCUUUGCAGCAGUGGAGGCAGCUGCCACUGAUUUCGGGCAGUGGAAGCAAUUGAUUCGUCGGCUGCCAGCAGCCUGGAGUUGCCUGCGCGGGCGGGCGGACGACAGAGAGAGAGAAGAGAGAGAGAGAGAGGGAGAGAGAGAGGGAGAGAGAGAGAGACACUUACAGAGCAAAAACCUUCAUCCAUGUGGAGCACAGUCUGAGGGAGCCACGGUCUGUUUGCCUUGUCCACCGACUGGUCUGACUUUCCUCCUCUUCUGGUGGGGGCACCUCCACUGAGCUUUCAAACCAAGUCAUCGGAAGUUAACAUCUUCCCACCCGGCAGGGAAGGGGCGUUGGCAAAGAAUUCGGCUCGCCGUUCCCCCCUGCAAUCUUCUGGUGCCGGAAACGGGACCCCCGCCAUGACCGACGCCGUGUUCAGCAGGGGCUCCAGCCGUUGGGUGUGUCCCAGUGACCGACCCCUUCAGUCCAAUGAUAAAGAACAGCUCCAGACGGGCUGGUCCGUCCACCCCGGUGGUCAGCCCGACAGACAGAGGAAGCAGGAAGAGCUGACGGAUGAGGAGAAGGAAAUUAUCAACAGGGUGAUCGCGAGGGCCGAGAAAAUGGAAGCAAUGGAGCAGGAGCGGAUUGGGCGCCUGGUGGACCGUCUGGAGAACAUGAGGAAGAACGUGGCCGGGGACGGGGUGAACCGCUGCAUCCUGUGUGGAGAGCAGCUGGGGAUGCUGGGCUCUGCCUGCGUGGUGUGUGAGGACUGUAAGAAGAAUGUCUGUACCAAGUGUGGGGUGGAGACCUCCAACAACCGCCCGCAUCCCGUGUGGCUCUGCAAAAUCUGCCUGGAGCAGAGGGAGGUGUGGAAGCGCUCUGGAGCCUGGUUCUUCAAGGGCUUCCCCAAGCAGGUCCUCCCACAGCCGAUGCCCAUAAGGAAGCCCAAGGCCCAGCAGGCUGCCAGUGAGCCCACUGGCCCUGAGCAGCCCACCCCUGAGCCCACGCACACCGCCCGGGCUCCGACUCGAGGUGACGCUGAAGACAGAAGGGGCCCAGGUCAGAAGCCAGGCCCCGAGCCGGCCUCUGCUCCUGGGCGAGGGAGCUACGGGCCGCCUGUGCGCCGGGCCUCGGAGGCACGGAUGAGCGCGUCCAGCCGGGACUCGGAGAGCUGGGGCCAGGGCCAGGGCCAGGGCCACGGCGGGGCGGCCGGGGACUCCAGCCGCAGCCCGGCAGGCUUGCGACGGGCCAACUCAGUCCAGGCCUCCAGACCGGCCCCAGCCUCAGUGCAGAGCCCGGCGCCUCCUCAGCCCGGGCAGCCAGGGCCCCCAGGAGGCAGCAGGCCCGGCCCUGGGCCAGCCGGACGCUUUCCUGACCAGAGACCAGAGGUGGCUCCCGGCGACCCCGGCUACACAGGGGCCACUGCCCCAGCCCGGGAGGAGAGACCUGCAGGGGUCGGAGCCAGGGAGGACAGAGCGGGCCACCCACCGGGCCCCUAUUCCCAAGUGUCUGCCGCUGCCCCCCAGCCCGCCGCCGCCCCUGCCCGGCAGCCCCCACCCGCGGAGGACGACGAGGAAGAAGCCAACAGCUACGAUUCGGAUGAAGCAACCACCCUGGGUGCCCUGGAGUUCAGCCUUCUCUAUGACCAGGAUAACAGCUCCCUGCACUGCACCAUCAUAAAGGCCAAGGGACUGAAGCCCAUGGACUCCAACGGCUUGGCCGAUCCCUACGUUAAGCUGCACCUCCUGCCGGGAGCCAGCAAGUCCAACAAGCUUCGGACAAAAACCCUGCGGAACACCCGGAACCCCAUCUGGAACGAGACCCUCGUCUAUCACGGCAUCACGGACGAGGACAUGCAGAGGAAGACCCUCAGGAUCUCCGUCUGCGAUGAGGACAAGUUUGGCCACAACGAGUUUAUCGGCGAGACCAGGUUCUCCCUCAAGAAGCUGAAGCCCAACCAAAGGAAGAACUUCAAUAUCUGUCUGGAGCGGGUCAUCCCCAUGAAGCGCGCCGGGACCACCGGGUCCGCCCGAGGCAUGGCCCUCUACGAGGAGGAGCAGGUGGAGCGCAUCGGCGACAUAGAGGAACGCGGCAAGAUCCUGGUGUCCCUCAUGUACAGCACACAGCAGGGAGGCCUCAUCGUGGGCAUCAUACGUUGCGUGCACCUGGCUGCCAUGGACGCCAACGGCUACUCAGAUCCAUUCGUCAAGCUCUGGCUGAAACCGGACAUGGGAAAGAAGGCCAAACACAAGACACAAAUUAAGAAGAAAACCUUGAAUCCUGAAUUUAAUGAGGAGUUCUUCUAUGACAUCAAACACAGUGACCUGGCGAAGAAGUCCCUGGACAUCUCGGUCUGGGACUAUGACAUCGGCAAGUCCAACGACUACAUCGGUGAGUGCGCCCCGUUCCCAGAGAAGCCCUGCCCUCUGUCUUCCUGGGACGGGAGAGCCUGGCCCAGGGCUGCCUGGCUGGCCAGGAGGGCCUUUCUCUUCUUGGGGCAUAUCGUCCAAAUAUGCGGGGUCAGAGCCCGUGGUCCCGAUGCAGGUCCAGUCGGAGAGCCUGACUGCCUGGUUGCUGACCACACUGCCUCCAGCAGAACGGUUACCUCGCAGCAGCGUGGGGUCUGCGGCUCUGCAGAAGGCAGGGCGCGGAGGUUGUCUCCUCCCUCCAUAGGCAGGUCUGGGAUGAGGGUUCUAGUGUCCCCGGCCCCCCUCCGAAUGAUGAGGGGCAGCAGCCAUGGGAGAGGGGGCAGGGUGUGAGCACAGGUG